UGACUUGCUUAGUUAUUGAAAACUAAUAAUCUUUCCUAUCUGCAUUUUACUCUAAUUAUCUUCUUCCCAAAUUGCUCUCAAAUCCCUCCUCUUUCUGCAACAAAAUCUGCUCUGAUAUACGAAAAUUUGUUGCAGAAUUCAUAGCCAUGUCUUCGGCAAGCAAGAAUGACUACAACAGGUUCUCCACCGUGUCGAAUUCUUUAGCCGCGACGCCCUUUACUCAGGCGACCACGACUGGUAUUCCGAUGAACUCGCUGAACCAGCAGCCGAAGAACAAGGUUUCUUGGUCCUCCGGGCUCUGUGACUGCUUCUCUGACUGGCGAAACUGCUGCUUGACUUGCUGGUGUCCUUGCAUGACCUUCGGACAAAUUGCAGAGAUUGUUGAUAAAGGGUCAUCUUCUUGUGGUGUAACUGGGGCACUUUGCACAUUAAUCUGCUGCGUAACAUGUUGCCCAUGCUGCUUCACUUGCUUCUACCGAUCAAAAAUGAGGAAGCAAUACAUGUUGAAGGAGAAGCCUUGCUGCGAUUGUUUGGUUCACUGUUGCUGCAUGUAUUGUGCCUUGUGCCAAGAGCAUCGCGAGCUCAGAAAUCGCGGCUUUGAUAUGACCGUUGGAUGGCAUGGAAAUCUGGAUAGAGAGACUCGAGGUGUGGCUAUGACCCCAAUUGUUCCAAUGACUCCAAUGACUGCACUGGAUACAGUUAUGGAAGAGCAAGAAUCCAUGAGCUCAUCGAAUUAAUUAAGAUGGUAAUUAUUUAUUCAAACAAUUCUGUGAGUAUAUUAUUAGAGCAAGGUGAUUAUAUAGUAUAGUCUUAUUGUGGUUACUUACUAAUACUUUGGAUAAAGAAUGGAGAAGUGUAAUGUGGCAUAAAUAACGAUUAAUUGUGUGAUAUAAGAUGUGAAAUUAUAUAUGUAAAUGAAUUUUUAUUUUUAUUUUUA